CAAAAAAAAAAAAAAAAAAGCUAAAAAAAAAAGAGGAAAAAACCUUUCCCAUCAGAGAAAGAGGGAGAUCUCUUUGGAAACAUGGAGCUGCUGUGCUGCGAGGUGGAUCCCAUGAGGAGAGCUCUGCCUGACCCGAACUUGCUCUACGAUGACCGCGUUUUGCACAACUUACUAACCAUAGAGGAAAGGUAUCUGCCCCAGUGCUCCUACUUCAAGUGCGUCCAGAAGGACAUCCAGCCCUUCAUGAGGAGGAUGGUGGCCACUUGGAUGCUGGAGGUCUGCGAAGAGCAGAAGUGCGAAGAAGAAGUUUUCCCUCUGGCCAUGAAUUACUUGGACAGAUUCUUAGCUGUGGUGCCCACUCGGAAGUGCCAUCUGCAGCUGCUGGGGGCGGUGUGCAUGUUUUUGGCCUCCAAGCUGAAAGAGACAAUCCCCCUCACAGCCGAGAAGCUGUGCAUAUACACGGACAAUUCCAUCAAACCCCAAGAGCUGCUGGAAUGGGAGCUGGUGGUGCUGGGGAAGUUGAAGUGGAACCUUGCAGCCAUCACCCCACAUGAUUUCAUUGAACACAUCCUAAGGAAGGUGCCUCUCCCUAAAGACAAGUUGCUUUUGAUCCGGAAGCAUGCACAAACCUUCAUCGCCCUUUGUGCCACAGAUUUUAACUUUGCCAUGUACCCACCAUCAAUGAUAGCAACUGGAAGUGUGGGAGCAGCCAUCUGUGGCCUUCAGCUAGAUGAUGGGGACAGUCUCACGGACCUCCUGGCCAAGAUCACAAACACAGAUGUGGACUGCCUUAAAGCUUGUCAGGAACAGAUCGAGGCGGUGCUUGUGAAUAGCCUGCAGCAAGUCCGGCAGCAGCAGCAGCAGAGCAGCCCCUCCAAGACAGUGGAUGAACUGGACCAGGCCAGCACUCCCACAGAUGUGAGAGACAUCAACCUGUGAGGACAUCGGCACACAAAGUCACGCUUGCUCCCCCAGACCCUUUAUUUUUGUUAUUAUUUUUAGAGUGAAAUUUUUUUUAAACUGCUCCCACAUAGAACAUAUUUAAAGCUCUUUUAGGUAUAAAGAAAAACAAAAAAAAGUACAAAAACUGAAUAAUGAAAAAAAAAAAGCGUUUGGUACCUGUGAUGUUCUACAGAAGGGAAUCCCACGAUAUAUUUGGUAAUUGCUAUUUGAUUAUGUAUCAGUGAUAUUAAAUGCUUAUAAAAGCAUAUAAAGUAGCUAGAUCAAUGUAAGCCUGCAUUUGUGGGAACAAAGUAGAGUAUACCUGUCUGUGUAUUACGAACUAGUGCAUACACCCCUUUUUUAGAUAAAAGAAAGGAAUCGUGUGUGCGAUUUUAUGGCUUGACUAGAUUGCAAAGCAAUAGAAUAAGGGGUUUAGGGCAAAGUGGGAAAAGAUCCCUGAAGCAAUUGAACCAUUUUGAAUGCAGAAGAGAUUUGCUGAUCUGUCACCUCUGUUAUUAGUCAGAAGUGUUUGUUGGAUCUCUGUAUGUUAGUUUUGUUUACUCUUGCUGUCUGUGGUAGCUGCUACCUAAGAAAGAAGAUGCUUUAUUUUACCAGCCAGAAGAGCAGGUGUCUUUUGGGCUUUUUUUUUAGUUGAUUUAUUUUUCUUUUUUUCCCCCCCAACUUCCUCCUCUGCCCCUCUUGACUUUCUAUCUACUUUUCCUUCCGAAAUGGUUAAUUCUAAACACAGCAGCAUCUUUGGCAUGAGGGCAAUUCCUUUUAUCCAGCCGUGGGCCAAGCCAAAGUUCCCAAGUGUUCACGGUCAGUGGGGGGAAUGCACACAUUAAUGCCGACCUGUUGGCUGGGCAGACCACCUCCAACCUUUGGAUUGCAAGGUGUGGUGGAUCAGCUAGGAAAAGCAUUAUAUUCCUUUACAGUGCUAAUGCUUCACCUCCAUGUUAAUGUCUGGCAGUUUCUUUGCUUGGCCACAAAGACAUUUAAAUGAUGCUCUGUCCAUCUUCCCUUAUAAUAGCCCCUCACUGUGUUAAAGAAGAUGGGGUUUGGUUUGCUCCCUCGUCUCUCUUUCCCCCCACUCCCCCUGCACACUUUUUCAGCAUUUCAUUAACUUUAUUGAUCCACAGUGAGCGUUUUUGUAAACCAUUUCAUUCGAAAAGCACUUUGAAAAUUGUUCCUAAGGGAUUAAAUGAGAUGGUUUAUGACAAUUUUGCCAAGGAAAGAAAAACAAAAAAACAAAAAAAAAAGAAAAAAAGGAAAAAAAAAGUCACAAAAGCAAGGCUUUGUAUAACUUUUUAUAGUCAAUAUUUUCCAGUAUUUGUGUACUCGGUUAGCUGUGGUGUUGCUGGAAAUACCAACACCUGCUUCAGAUGACAUUCCUGUCAUGACAUUCCGGAUAAAAGCCUGACCAUCUGUAUUGUUCAGUGUCACAGAAGGAUCUUAAUACCACCUGUGUGUUUAUCUAUGGACAAGGAAAGAAAACUGCUGGUGCAACAGCCAUGGUGUUAAACAUCGAGGUGUGUGACUUGGAGUUUUAUCACAAAGGUGUAUUCAGUGUACUUGAAUUUAUUUUCCUGCUCCACCUGUAACGAAGAGGCAUUUAGAUGGCAAAGGAGUUGGAGCAACUUUGGGUUUUUUGGUUCUGUUUUUCUGGGGGUUUGUGUUGUUUGUUUUUUUGGUUUUUUUUUUUUUUUGCACAAUUGUAUUAACAGUUUGCAGACAUCCAGUAUGAAGCUGUUGGUUGAAAUGUUAAUGUUCGUAUUUUUAACACAAAAAUCCAGAAAGAACAUGCUACUUCGAAGAACAUUAUAUAUAUGGACUCAGCCUAUUUGGCUAGAUGAGGGUAGAAAAUGGAGUAAGAUUCUAAGGUUUUGUUGUUUUUUUUGUUUUGGGGGGGGUUUUUUGGUUGUUUUUUUUUUUUUUUUGCGCUGCUAAGAAGCUAUGAUUUGUUUCAUUCUUAUUCACAUUAACAGUACUUAGCUGUAUUGUUUCACUGAGUGUGCUGCUAUUUUAUAAACAUUUUUAUAAUAUAUUAUUUUACUGCUUAAAUUUCAAAUCCUGAAGUAGAUGGUUAAGUGGAGAUAUGAUGAGUUCUUUGAUUUACUGGAAAUGCCCUGUACAGGUUUUUUUCCCCUAAUAGUGUGUUCAUGAUUUUUUUUUAAAUUUUAUUUUUUCCUUCUUUCUUCUUCCUUUUUUUUUUGUUUUAAUCUUCUUCCUUCCUGAUCACAUCCUGCAAAGAUGGUAUACUUACCUCAGGUUUGCUGGACAAGAAAUGGUUCCCAUUUUCACAAUACCUCACACAGUGACAGUUUGGUUGCCCCGGGGCCCACCCGGGAGAGGUUGCAAGCAGCCGAGGCGGGGCACUGGCUCCUUUUUGGUCUCUGGUAUCCUUUUCAUAGUGGAAAAAAUGCAUUGACUCUCCACUGGUGAGCAGGUCUCUUCUUUUCAAAGCUGCUGCUGGGCACAGCCUUGGCCUCACCUCCUGCCUCAAUGUCCUGCAUUGGGAGCACCCAGAAUUCUGCAGCAGUGUCUCUGUCCUAGAGGAAAAAAAUAGCUGGUAUUGUUGAAGCAAGACUGCAGAGCCACAAGCAGAUCUCCUUGGCAGCCCUGCCCCAUGGCUUCAUGGGGAGCUCUACCAGAAGGUCCGGAAGGUGGGGUGACCUCUCUGACCACUGGCACCAUGUCCACCAUGCUGGCAUGACUUGCUCUGUGCCAUAGGCAGGACCUGUGUUUAGGGUGCCCGCCCCUGCUCUUCAUCCAGCCUCCUUCACACCCCAGUCCUGUUGUCAUAAUAUCGCAAAAGUUCCAUAUUGUUGUCUCUUUAUCACAGAAGUUUCGUACCUUCUUGGUGUGGUUUCAUGGGCAGCUCUUCAGAGCACUGACUGUUCUUCAGAGUAGCCAACUGACUCCAGUUCCUCACAAAGUAGCCAACCCACUCUUUUAUAACACUCUUCUUAUUGGUUACAGCCGUGGCCUGUUAAAGUCAGGCCUGCUCCUAAAUCUUUGAUAAUUGACCCUGCAACUCCUUAGGAGUGAGAUUACUUUCUGCACUACCUUUUAUUUUCUUAUAUUCUAUCCCCCCACAAUUCCCCCUUUUUUCUUUUAAUUACAGAGUUGCAACAUUUCUAGAAAGACAUGUUCAAGUAAAUUAACAUUAUGACAAAUUCAUAUAUUUCAUUUAGAACUAAUAGUUAUACAAAUGUUCAAACAACAUAUUACAGUACAAAUAUAUAUAUAUUUCUACAUGUUGGUUUGGUUUUGCAGCUUUUCUCAGUUUACAAAGUACUUCAAAAUCUUUUAUACUCAUACUUAACAAACAUUAAUAGCUGCAAUUGAUACAUUUCACUAAUCAAUAAACACACUGUACUGAAUAAUAGAACUAUUCUUUUUCCAGUUCUUACAGUUACUUUAGUAAAUUCUCCCAUCCUUCUUCCAGUUUUGUUGCUUUUCCUCAUGCCCUUCUUUCUCAUUUCCCUUUUGCGAUGGUUCUCAGCUUCUUUUACUUGAUAUAGGAGUCCCAUUUUUUUCCUCAAGCCACUUUUUCCUAUCAGUUUGACACUUUGCCUCAUUUUUCCUCCAGUUAGUAUUUAAGUCCUUUUUCUGAAUCCACAGGGCUAUAUAGUUUGGUAUUUAAGUCCUUUUUCCCCAAAUCCACAGGGUCACAUAGUUUAGUAUUUGAGUCCUUUUUCCCAAAUCCAUGGGGUCGUAUAGUUUAGUAUUUAAGUCCUUUUUCCCAAAUCACAUCAGGGUCACCAAUUGUUGUCAUAAUAUUGCAAAAGUUCUGUAUUGUUGUCUCUAUCACAAAUGUUUCAUACCUUCUUGGUGUGGUUUCAUGGGCAGCUCUUCAGAGCACUGACUCUCUUCUUCACAGUAGCCAGCCAACUCCCAAUUCCUCACAAAGUAGCCAACCCACUCUUUUAUAACACUCUUCUUCUUAUUGGUUACAGCUGUGGCCUGUUAAAGUCAGGCCUGCUUCUAGUCUUUAAUAAUUGGCCCAGCUGAAACUCCUUAGGGGUGAUAUUACUUUCUGCACUAUCUUUUAUUUUCUUAUAUUCUAUCCCCCCACACAGUCCUACAGCAGCCAUGGGAUCACAGGGAUGAUCUCUGCUGUGGAACACCGGGGUGAUUCCUGCUGUGGAUCACAGGGCUGAUCCCAGUGUCACCCCUCUGCAGAACUGAAGGGACAGGGGCUGAGGGCCACCUCCAUGGUGGCUGCUCUGCAGCAGGGUGGAGGCGAGCUGUGCUGGAAGGGGCAGCACUAUUCAGCAUUCCCAGUCUCCGCAGGGUCCUGGUGGGUCUGUGUGUGUCCCCACCAGGGUGAGGAGUGUCCUUGGCUGUAGUGACAUGCUCAACAAGUGCCAACCCUCUGGUUACAGCAUACUGUAUGUUUGAAGGCUGCCAGCCCUAAAAUUUGAGAGCUUUCACAGUAGCUUUCUGAAUAAAAUGACUGCCUUGUACUCUCUUUUAACAGAUGUUAAAGGAAGUGUGUUACUGCAAAUGAGGUGUGAGAUUUUCUCUCCCUGAAUUGCAGAAAUUGUAAGUCUCCCAGAUGAUUGAUGAAAAAAGAAUAGAAAAUGUGUUGCUGAUUCUGCCUUCCCAAGUGCCAAAGGAUUGGUACAGUUGCUAAAAGCAGCUUCUUAUUGAUGGUACUUCGAUGGUCUUCUCCUCCUUCCUGUUACUGUAGUGUAGGAGCACCUCAGAAUGUAUUUAUUUGUAUUUCCAACGUGCUUGUGAAAGAGAAAAAUACCAAUUAAUCCCAUGUCCAAUUAAUUCAAUGUCUACGAUUUAUGCUUGAGUAAUCGGACAGCUCUUAAUUACUCAGCAAACUACCUGGCCACUGGAUUUUUUCCACUAUGUUUAUUACCAUGUUCUCAUGUACCUCAGAAAUCACUCUUAGUUGCACAGUUUCUGUUCUCAAACUUUUUUGGGUUUUUUUUUGUUUUGGUUUGGGUUUUUUUUUGUUUUUUUGUUUUGUUUUAGGUUUGUUUUUUUUUUUGCUUUAUUGAGUGUGAUGCCAUAUCAAGUCAACGUUAUUCUCUCACAAAUGUGCUCUUUAAGAGGUGUGGAUGUUUAUGUGGUCAGGGGAUGCUAGAAAGUGUGGUAGUAGACAUCAGUGUAAACAAAAGUAUUUAGAAAGUACAUGAGGUUGUUUCUGAUGGAUAAGACUCUGAUACGGUGUAGGUAUGAUUGCCUUUUAAAAGGUCUUUGUUCAGUAUUGUCAUUUUUAUUAAUAACAUAUUGUUUUGACUAGUUUAAAGAUGGUUCUAAGAAAAGUGUUUUGGCGGGAUUAGGUAUGCUGUAUGGACAAUAAACUCACCUUGACCUAA